AUGGAGAACUUCCAACUUGCUCCAGGCUUCUUCCAUGUCCAGCUCAAUCUUAUUUGGGCGAUUCUCCAUAUCCAUCGUGGUUCAAUUGAAGAUACUGGAGGCAUGCAGUACUGCAUCUUGCUUCUUGGUAGGGUCAGACUGGGUGCUGAGCAUCCUGAUUACCACAUGCUUGUUUCCUUCACCACUCAAAUACUAGUAGGACAUAUACUGCUAUACUGGGAGACAGUCUCAAAAAGACGUCUUGCAGCUCUGGCCGAAGCCAAGCCAACAUUCGAGGAAAUGAGCAAAGACGGUGUCCUUCGAAACAUCAUCCUCCUCAACCAUGACCUCCUCAUCUUCUACGAGCUUGAUCUUGCAGUCUCAUCAGGUGAUUUCGGAUGUGUUGAAAUCUUUCUCGGUGCUCUAACGAUGAUAUUCGCUGGGGCUGGCUGCAAGAAUUAUACAGGUGAGUUGCUACACUUCAUCCAGAACCUCAAGAAGAACUGGACCUCCGACUUUGUGUGA